AACAGAAUUAUACACGAAGCGCAGUUACAUUUCAUCUUAAUUUCGAUCAACUUCCAUUUCUUCACCGUCGCGCUUUUUUGAAAUGAUUAUCUGUAUCAUAUAAAAUAUGAAAAAUCUUGAAAUGUGAAAUACAAUUAUGACUUGUACAUUUAAAGUAUUUGCUACAUUUAAAGAAUUGCUAUUCAAAAUUUUAUAAGUUUAAAAUUGUAAUUUUUUUUUAACUCAAACAAGCACAUAACAAAAAUAUUUCAUAAACGUAAUUUCGCCAAACAGUGAGAAUGACGAUAGAAGAUAAAAGUCUGAGCGAAGUACUCGUAAAAAAUCCGACAAAAAUAACAAAAUCUGAGAAACCUGUUAACAAUGAACCGAUAAAAUUAAAAGUGUAUAAAAAAAGAUGGUUGAUGCUGGCCAUUUAUAUAUUUUAUACUGGAACGAACUCUUCCCAGUGGAUAGAAUACUCGAUUAUAACUAACAUUGUUACUAGAUACUAUGGAGUAUCUUCGUUAAUGGUUGACUGGACAUCGAUGUCGUUCAUGUUAUUUUAUGCGACAUUCAUAUUCCCAGCAUUAUAUUUGACGGACAAAUGCGGUCUGCGAUGGACGAUUAUCAUAGGUGCCGGUUUAACUUGCCUAGGCGCCUGGAUAAAAAUCUUUUCGGUUCAACCUGACAGAUAUUAUGUCCUUUUCAUCGGUCACUCGAUAGUCGGAAUCGCGCAGACUUUAGUCUUACCAUUACCAGGACGCGUGGCCGCGCAAUGGUUUCCUUCCAACGAACUCUCAACCUCCACGUCAUUAGGUCUUUUCGGCUAUCAGUUAGGAAUAGCGUUGGGUUUUCUUUUACCACCUAUAAUAGUGAGAAACCACGACAACAUAAAUGACAUCGGCAAUGAUCUAUUAUGUUUAUGCUGGAUGGUUGCAAUCGUCUCCACAAUUCUAUUGCUUCUUGUGCUCAUAUUAUUUCAGAACAAGCCAAAACUACCGCCGAGCGAGACGCGAGCGCUGCAAAAAAUAAAUCAGACGAAGAAAAGAAAGGAAUUUGCGGCAUCGAUUAAAAGGCUUAGCAAAAAUAAAAACUUCAUCAUGCUCUGUAAUUCUUAUGGUUUGAAUAACGCCGUGCUGAAUGCUAUAUCUACAUUGCUUAAUCAAAUAUUUCUCGCGCACUUCGAGAAUGGAGAAGAAGAUGCAGGCAGAAUUGGUUUAGCUAUAAUUCUUACCGGUCUGGCCGGUUCCGUUAGUUUUGGUAUCAUUCUUGAUAAGACACAUAAGUUCAAACAAACUGCUCUGGUAGUAUAUUUUCUUACAAUUUGUGGUCAAAUACUAUUCGCAAUAUCCAUUUGCGUCGGCAUAAAAUGGAUGGUAUACGUGUCGGCAAUUUUCUUAGGAUACUUCAUGUCUGGAUAUCUGGCAUUGGGAUUUGACUUGUGCACCGAAUUUACGUAUCCAGAAUCGGAGAAUAUACCUGCAGGAUUUCUCAAUAUAACGACCAGCAUUUACGGCAUUACACUCAUUAUAAUAUUAGGAUUAUUACUGAACGCAUAUGGCGAUAUUUCGGUGCACAUCGGCUUAUGCUUGACUCUACUGCUCGGCUUCAUCUUGACCGCAAUAACGAAAGACGAACAAAGACGACAAGAUGCGAGAAAGAAGGCUCAGUGUGAAGAAAUUGAGAGGAUUGAGAAGGAUAUCGAUGGCAUUCCAGAAACUCAUCAAUUAACUCAGUAGCUUAAUAAUUAAUAGACAUAAAUAUGAUCAAUUGUUAUUACUAUUGAAUUUUCGAACAAUGUGAUUAUAUUUGUACUCCAAUUUUUAUCAGUGUUAUUUUUACACAUCUUUUAAGUGAGACGUUAUAAUAAAUGCCUAAGAAAAGAAUUA